AUGUCUUCUAAUCCAGAAAAUACCGGUAAUAAUGCUAAUAAUAAUGCGAAUGCUAGUAACACUGGUGUAGCCGCAGCACCUCAGCAGAAUAUGAUGCUGCAACAGAAACAGUUGCUGGAAAUGACGGUGAAAUUUAAGGCGUUGGUCAGUGAAGCAAGAAAUGUAGGUGAGACUACUCCUAGGGGCAAAGAGUUGAUGUUUCAAGCCGCAAAGAUCAAAUCCGUGUACGAUGCUUUCAACAGAAGAAGACAGCAGGCGGCACAAGCUUACAAGAAUGCUUCUGUGGGGAAUGCAAACCCCAAUGCAGGUAAUUCGGCUUCUAUGCCUACUGAAAAACCUCCGAAUUUAUCCCAGCAACAGCAGCAACAGCAAGCAAGGAGUAACAGUAAUAAAUUCAGUAAUAUGAUAAAACAGGUGCUUACCUCAGAAGAAAACCAACAGUAUGAAAAGCUAUGGCAGAAUUUCCAGGCUCGUGCAACGAGUAUGAAGGAGAAAGAUACGUUUUUGAAACAGAAUAUCGACAGAUUAGUACAAGAAGUAAAUAAACAGACAGAUGAAGCGACAAAGAAACAGCUAGAAGACAAGAAAAACGAACUGCUUAAUAACAGGAAAGUACUUGGAAUUGAAUAUAAUAAUUUACUUAAGGGAUUUCAAAAUAGCAAAAAGACAUUCUAUGUAGAAUGUGCAAGACAUAAUCCAGCCUUACAGAAAUUCUUACAGGAAAGUACUCAGCAACAAAGAGUACAACAACAGCAUCUUCAGGGUCAAAACCAAGUGAAGAGCACUGUUGUCAAUUCUUCUGAUAUGCCCUCUGCAGCUACACCCGACGCAUCGAAACCGCAGCAACAGCAGCCGCAACUACAACAACAAAAGCAGCAGCAGCAACAUCAACAGCAGCAACCGCAACAACAACCGCAACAAUUGCAGCAGCAGCAACAACAACAAAAUGUCAUUCCUUCUGCCACUACUCCUAGACCAAACGUAAAGGCUCCACAAGGCGAUCAAUCAAAAACGAAAUCGCAAGUUACUAACGUAAAUGCAACAGCGUCCAUGAUGAGUAAUGUAAGUUCAAGUAAGUCAGCAAUAUUCAAGCAAACAGAACCUGCCAUACCUAUAUCUGAAAACAUAUCCACCAAGGCGCCAGCUCCGGUACCUUAUAGAUCCAACAGGCCUACGAUAACGGGGGGCUCUGCUAUGAAUGCCACUGCUUUGAAUACACCUGUAACGACAAAAUUACCACCCUAUGAGAUGGAUACUCAGAGAGUUAUGUCAAAGCGGAAAUUGAGGGAACUAGUGAAAACUGUUGGAAUUGAUGAAGGUGAUGGUGAAACUGUCAUUGAUGGCGAUGUAGAAGAAUUACUCCUGGACCUGGCGGAUGAUUUUGUUACAAAUGUUACUGCUUUUGCUUGUAGAUUGGCCAAACAUAGGAAAUCAGACAAUUUAGAAGCAAGAGACAUUCAACUGCAUUUGGAAAGAAACUGGAACAUCAGAAUCCCUGGCUACUCAGCAGACGAAAUAAGAAGUACGAGAAAAUGGAAUCCUUCUCAAAGCUAUAAUCAAAAAUUACAGAACAUCAAUUCUGAUAAGGUAGCGACUGCAAAAAACAAUAACGGUAGCAUUCCAAACCUCAAUCCCAAAAAAUAG